UAAUGAAAGUGGAACAGUCCAUAUUCUUACAUUUAUAACAGACUCUCAUAGGCCAGGCCAGAGCAGCAGGCACACGCCCCUCCUCCUCUCCCCUUUCAAAAACUGCGAGCAUUUAUUUACUCGGAGAUUUCAAUUCAAUGCCUUGGCAGGUGAAACCCAUGCCAUAAAUGACCACCACCACCACCACCACCACUCACUUCUCUCUCUCUCUUUGAUCCUACCCUCCUCCUCCUCCUCCAUCAGCACCACCACAUUAAUCCACCUCACGUUCAGUUACUAUCCUAUACACACCUGCACUUAUUAAAGGCCAACCCGCCCAUUUUAUCAGCCUCUAUAGAAACUGAAGCAAACGAUGUCUGCUCCUCCAGACUUGUUCACCACAACACCCACCGAUACGGCCAGCGGAGGCACCAAGACUUCGCCGUUUCAGAACCUUAACUCAAGCAUCUUGAUCAUCAUUUUAAUCCUCUCCAUCACUCUGUUAGUCUCUGUUUCUCUUUGCUUCCUUCUUCGUGUCUUAAACCGCCGCUGCCUCAGCCACCUCUCUCCCUCUAGAACCACCGCCACAACUACCACGAUAACAGCCCCCUCCUCCUCUAACCGUCACUCAGGUAACAACAACCACCGUGUUUCACCAGAAACCUUAGAGCCUUCCAUUGCUGACUCACUUCCUCUCUUCUCCUUUUCCUCCAUCAAACGGCGGUCAUCCUCCUCCCCUGCUAUCUCCGGCGGCGAUUGCGCGGUUUGUCUGUCCAAGUUCGAACCGGAUGAUCUCUUGCGAUUGCUUCCGCUUUGUUGUCAUGCUUUCCAUGCACAUUGCAUUGACACAUGGGUCAAUUCUAACCAAUCAUGUCCUCUUUGCCGGUCUCCUAUUCUUAUAUCGGAGUCCGACCUCGCCAAAGCUAUCUCCGAUGUCGAAGCUCGCGGUGGUGAUAGUUUCCGCCUUGAGAUUGGUUCUAUUAGCCGCCGAGAACAUCCUGCUCCUAACUCGGCCUCCUCUCUCUCCACAUCCGCCGCCUCCUUCGCUGCAGGCGAGCAUCGGAGCUCGUACUCUGUUGGUUCGUUUGAUUACGUCGUGGAGGAGGAAUCGGAGGUUACUAUCAAUCAAUCACACAGGAGGAGCAUGUCGAAGGAGAGUGGUGGCGGUGGCGGUCCGACAUUGUCCGAGCAGCAGAGUUUGGCAGCGGAAGUGGCUGCGGCAAGAGGAAGUUGGUUAAGAGAAUACGUUGACCGUCUAUCGGCUUCUCUCUCUUCACGCACGGCAUCGUUUAGAGGUUCUGGAAGGUUCUUUACGGGAAGCAGUCGCCGGAGCGAGAUCGCCGGUGUUGGGGAUUAUGAUUUGGAGGCGAACCGUGUAGGAGAAGAAAUUAGCGAACUGUUUCGUUGGUUUUCAGGGGUAUAAUUCUUAAAGAGAUGAAACGGUUAGGGUCAAUUACGGGAUUUAAAUCUUACCGCAUUUUCCUGGUCCAGUCCAUUUCUUGCUAUGUCCACUCCAUAAGGUACAAAAUGACAAGACAUGCUGGUAAGUGGAUAAAGCAAAAGAGAGAGUGGAAACUCCUGAAUCUAUGGUUCCUUCCUUGGCUUGUCAUCAAUCUUUUUCGUAGAUAAAGCACCAAGAGAAUGACAUUUUUGGAAGCAUAUUGGUCUCUGAUGCCGAGGGAGAUGGAUGAUGCAUGGAUGGAUGAUCCAUCCAAGAGGUACAUACAUAGAUGUUGAUUUCCUACCUUUCUAUAAAGGAUGGUUUGUGGGUUUUUUUUUGUUUUUUUUUUAAAUUCUAGAGAAAAAAAUAUUAAUUAGUAAUAUCAGACACUCAGUACAUAUGGGGCUGUCAUCAUGUGAAUUCUGUGAUUGCUGAAUUGAAUGUUGAUGUUCAUUGGUUGAUCUUGGCAAAUGGAUCACAAGCACAUGAAUUAGUUUAAA